GACACUUUUGUCAAUUUCAUUCUUUAACCAACCUCCGCAUCUAUAAUCCUAAUCAAGCUCCCUCGAGUUUAAUUCCUAAUCCGACAAAAUGAAGUUCACCGUCGCUGUCGCUCUCGCCGCCGCUGGCGUCUCUGCCGUCUACGUCCCUCCUAGCAACGUUACCGUCGUUACCGAGGUCGUCGAUGUCUACACCACCUACUGCCCCUUCGCCACGCAGAUCACCCACGGCUCCAAGACCUACACCGUCACUGAGCCCACCACUCUGACCAUCUCUGACUGCCCCUGCACCAUCACCCGCCCGGUCACCGUCACCAGCAGCGUUGCCUGCUACACCUGCGGUGCUGCUGCUCCUACUGGUGCUGUCCCCUCCGGCAACGGCGGUGCUCCCCCGGCCUUCACCAACUCCACCAUCACCACUCCCACCCAGGCUCCUCCUGCCGGUGGCAACCCUCCCGCCAGCACUGGUGGUGUUGUCCCUACCGCUCCUCCCGCCGUCCCCACUGGCGGUGCCAGCAAGGCCGUCCUCUCCGGUGCCGGUCUGGCCGGUAUCGUCGGUCUGGCCGCUUUCGUCCUGUAAAUCUUGUAAAUUUCGACACCUCGCCAAUAUACCGUCUACGAUUUCUUGGUUCAACGAUUCUUGGAAGUCGUGGGUUCGGCCUCCGUUCAUGAUUCUGAUAUAAGGGGGAAAUACCAAGUGUUGGGAUUUAUCUAUUUUUUUGGUUUACGUCGACGGGAUGGGGGGAAGCGAUAUUCAAUUUUUUGGGAUGUAUAGAGAAUGGGUUCUCUUGGGUUAACGGGACAUGCAAGCUCGGUGUUCAAGGGAACUCGAUUUUUUUUUUGAUCGCCCGCAGGGAAAGAUGCGCUACACAUCUCGCUUUUGUGUGCGGUCGUUUCCCGGGGCCGGAAUAUAAUGUGCCAAUUUUUCUCCAGCAAAUAGGGAUUUUGGGGUUUGCCAUGAACCUCUACCCCCCUCGCGUCCCCUCGCCCUAUUUUGACAAUCGAGAACAACUCAUAGAGAAGAAGAACGCCUCCGGCCUCGAG